UACACAAACUUGAAAGUGAAACGUCCUAACUUUUUGUGAUUCUCUUUCCUAACCUACUAUUUGUAAAAUUAGUUGUAUUAAAUAAAAAACAGUAACAAAAUAUUAAAGUACCAGUUCUUCAUUUUGUCUAAAUUUCAAAAUGUCUAAAGUUACAUUCAAGAUUACGCUUACUUCAGAUCCGAAGCUGCCUUUUAAAGUACUUAGUGUACCAGAGGCAACACCAUUCACAGCUGUGCUAAAAUUUGCAGCAGAAGAAUUCAGAGUGGAGCCUGCAACUAGUGCAAUUAUAACUGAUGAUGGAAUUGGAAUAAAUCCUCAACAGAGUGCUGGUAAUAUUUUCCUAAAACAUGGUUCGGAGCUCAGAUUGAUACCCAGGGAUAGAGUGGGUCUCUCUUCAUAAUGUAUUCUUACAUUCCACAUUAAUUAGACUAAGUCAUAUUAUUGAAACCUGACAUUUGAAAUCUAUUCUUCUAAAUUUUUAAAAAGUAUGGUGUAUAUUCUAUACUAUUGCUAUCAAGUUAUUUGUUCACAAAUAUUUCCUUUGUUAUGUAU